CUCUCAUAUCUUCCGUCUUGAUCGCCAAUAUCUGGACGUUACAGAUAGGGAGACGGCUCUGUGUGUCGACAUGGUCGACAUGGUUGACAAUGCCAAAAAAGGCGUGGGGUGAGCAAAUAUGGAGAGUCUGACAGGUGUAAGUAUUAAUAGAACACAAAAGUUGGUAUUGUUUGAUUGGCCCCCGCCUUUCAGCCUUCCCUCAGACAAACAUUCACAUCUUCUUCCCAUUCAUCAUCGAGCCCAAAAAGCAACUAAUAGUCACCACUAUCCUUGAGGGACUAUUACAGCAGUUCAUGGCGGCAAACUACCCUGAUCCGAUCUUAGAAACUACCAUAUGCUCGCCAGAAGAGUCAGAACUGUGGAUUCGAAACUUCUGUCUUGACGGCAGCCAUCCCCAUGAAAAAAUACAGAAGACUAUCGAAGUUGAAUUCCUUCCUCGAUCAGACCAGAUACUCGCACUGGCAAAAGCCAGUCACUUUAGAGAAAGGCCUCCGUCCAGGUCGAUAAUAUUAUGGGCACUGACUAGCGAAUGCUACCCAUUUCUACGAUACCUGAUCCGCAAUGGGUUGGAUUUGAACAGCAUGACCGAUACCACAGGCUACUGCCCGACAUUGCUUAGUGAACGCUACGUCCUUGCAAAAAACAGAACUCACUGGUUUCCUCCUUGACCAAGGCAUGGACCCCACCGUUGGAAUCAUCCCACCUCCAAAUCCCCUGGUACGUACUAAAGGCUCAAAAGGACGCCUUCUCUUUAACGCUUCCCGCUUCAGCAAUCUCGAAACCUUCAAGCUUCUGCAGUCCCGAGGAGCAAAUCUCGAAUACGCGCAUGCCCUCCACGGUGCUGCAAAUUCUGGCCCUUCGCAAAUUCACAUCAUACGACACUUGCUAGAAACCAAAGCAGUAAAUGUCAAUGAACUUGAAAUUUACCAUACGCCACAGUCAGGGACACCACUGCUCGGAGCAAUAGACAAAGGAAAUAUAGAGCUUGUGAAGAUACUCUUAGACUAUGGGGCACAUCCUUUGGCGUGCAUUACGAUUCCUUAUGAGACGAACGCAGAAGCGAUGGCGAGGGGGUUGAGGCUACAGGAUGAAGAAGCCUCGAAGGAAAUUUUGAGGAUGCUAGAGGAUGCAAAGAAAAAGAGGGAGACAGAAGGGACGUUAGGUGAUGUGCCGGUAACUGAUAUGGGCAGAACCGAAUGGUGGAGGGCGAGGAAUCAAAGGGCAUCUGGAGCAUGAUGAGGGAAGUUGGGAAUAAUGUUUUCAGCUAGAACGCUUUGAGUUGGUACAUUUGUCAUUAACAGGCCAUUGAAAU